AUUGAUGUGUAAGUUGAUAAGUUUGUGGAGAGAAAGAGAUUAAAACCAUUGAACACAAAAUUAAAAUAAAAUUUGGAAAAAUGAAAUAUCUAAUUGUUUUGGUGGUAGUCUGUGCUGCUGUUAGCUUUUCAGAGCAAGCAAUGACCAAGGAACAAGUUAUGGAAUUGUACAAUAAAAUGGUGGAAGAGUGCGCCAAAAAAGAAUCUGGCUCAUCUACUGACAUAGAAGAAGUUUUUGCAAAAAAAUUGCCAAGCACCAAAAAUGGCAAAUGUAUUCACGCCUGUGUAGGAGAAACCACCGGACUUAUAAAAGAUAACAAAGUAAAUGUUGAAGGUGCUAUUGCAAUGGCUAAGAUGGUGUAUGAUAACGACGCAGCAAAAGUACAGAUGGCUAACGAUUUGGCGAAUGACUGUAUUGGAGUCACUGAUGGCGAACGUUGUGAAGCGGCUUUCAAAAUAAUUCAAUGUAGUGAACAAGCUCACAAAGCUCGUGGUGUUUCAUUCCUCGAUUUGUCAUCAAAUUAAGGAACUACUUUCAAAGGACAGGAAAGCAUAAACCUAGGGGAUAACCGUGAAUUGCAGAUCGAAUAAUUUAUAAUAAUAAACGCUAUUUCUCUCUAUUUUUCACUAAUUCUGCUAGUAUUUCUACUAGUUUGUUCUAAUACUGCUAUUUUUUGCUAAUUUUUCUAGUACGUCAAAAAUAUUGCAUACGUCAGAUUGACUGCAUGAUCGAAUAACCGAAAUAUGUUUACGUAAAUGUUUCAAGUUGACACUUUCAACGUGUUUAUUUGAAGCAGGCACUAGCGUAUACGUUUUCAGUAAGAAAUCUGUCAUCAAAUCUACAUUU